UCAGCCGACGCGCCGAUGAUCAUGAGUUUGCUUUGCACGCCAACGUGCAACACCGUCUUUCGUGUUUUUCUUCAACGUUACCCUCCGGAUAACGCGGAUAUUAAUGACCACAUAUUGAAUUGUUUUCACGUUCAUGAAUUGUUUACUGUUCUGUGCGGAGUUCUUGUGCCAAAUCAUUUGUUCUGUGCGGAGCGGAAUUUUCGCCCAUUAACGGUUUAGCUUUUGGCUUCUCAUGUUGUAUGAUACUUCAUCCUUCUGACGAUCAUAGAAGUUGAUAGAACGGAGUUGCCUGUUUUCGUUGCAAAUAUGUACAAUGGAAAUUUAACUGCAAAAUUUUAUUGCUUUGCCGGGAGUAUGUUAUUCCAUUUCGCUAAAAGUGCACAUUGCACAACAACAUUGCACAACAGCAAUCGACAACUAUUUGAGCAAUCCAUCGGAAUAAGCCGAUCAAACAGCCAAUUUCAUGAGGACAAUGCAGGAGAAUGUGGAUCGAUCGCGGUCUGUUGACCGCUACCACUCGGAUCAACGCCUAAAUUUUCGCCGUUUGCCUCAAGCCAAUGGAAGACAAGAAAAUGCAACAGUAAUUCAAGUGCCACCAAAGCAGUACCGGACCGGACGAUCGCUGGUGGCUAACCGGGACACUAACAGAGACAGGACAUCACGCUGGAGAUCACCAUCACUGGACACGCGUCUUCUCCAAAACUUUUACGGUUUUGUGACAAAUAUUUUUGAACGCGGAAACGACUUAAAAAAGUGUCAGCUGGCUGAACAGUUGUUAUGGACAGCCGCGCGUAAAAACGAGACAGAAAUAUUUGUUGAUAUCAUGAAAAAAUUAAUGGAAAAUGGAUACGACAUUAACGCCCCUAAUGAAUUGGGAUGGAAUUUAGUGGACGAAGCGGUUAUGCUCGGACAUGCGGAAAUCGCCGCGGAAUUAUUCAAGAACGGCGGUAAGGAGACGGAGUGGCUAUGUGAGUCCAAACAGCGUCGACAAGAAGUGCUGCGCAAAGCACUUCGCCGUCUUGAGGCCAUUCAAGUGCCCUCUCGAAUUCGCGAGCAUAGUGCCGACACCAGACAGCUGGUCGCCGAUGUGGCCGUCGGGCCAACCAUGGCAGUGUUGCAGAAGAUGAUGCAAAAUGUAGAGCGAACUAGACCACCAAGGAAUUAUCUGGACCGGGUCAUCGUUGAACCUUGUGGAGACUGUUCAGUUGCUGUGUCAUAUGAGCCACGAUCAAUUCCCCCUGGAGUUAUAUCUAGAUUUAAGGUGGAGUGGUCCCGCGACAAGUCGUUCAAAGGGAUUGUGGAUUAUCAGAUUUUUUCCAACUUGAUGAAUCCUGAGCGCCUGAUAAUAUCGGAGCUGGACUGCGGCAUCGAGUAUCACUUCCGGCUGUCCGUUGCCAACUUAUCCGGCUUUGGAAUUCCACUGAACGCAACACCAUCUUCUGUGGUUAUAACGUCGUGGAGAGAUGUCGAUGGACAAAAGCCACGGCUGGACACUGCCACUGUUCACAACUUGGAGAAAAUUUUGCAGAAUAUCAGAACGAUUACGAAAUAUAUGCUGAACGACCCAGAGCGCCGACACACUCGGACACCGGAGAAACGUCAACAUCCACACCGAGCCGUGCAGCGCAGGGCCAGCUUAAAAGAUAGUAUUCGCGAUCUCAUUCGACCUCAUAUUCGGCCGGCUAAUGCAGAAGACGAAGGCGGGAUGUUUCUUUCGUGUAUGGUGAUUGCGGACGAUUCGAUUCUUUUGACCAAUGAGUACACACUACCGUCGGUGGUCGUGCAUUCUCCAUUUAUUGGCUCCAUUAGCUCAAAGGAUUACUUGUGGUUUCAAAAGUUGACAACUUGUUGGGAUGCCAUCUCGGAAAUAAAGGAGCUUCUGCACACCUCCAAGGAUUCAUCCUCUGAUUUACGGUACCGCAUUGUGCGAGCUGUUUCUAAUCUACAGAACCUGCUGACGAUCUCGAAUCUGGGAAUAGCGUAUUACCGACCGUUAAGGGAUAGGCAGUUUACUUCCUGCGUUUUGUUGUUAAUACAAAAGGUUAACAAAUUGGACGUUGGCAAGUUAUCGGGGUUUCAAUGGAAAUCACUGAAGGAGGCCGACAUAAUGGCCAUUGGCCACUCCCACCCGAUCAUGUCGGCCAUUUCCACGGCAAGCACUGCGGAAAUAUAUUCCUGGUAUCAUGAUAUGCAAAAAACCCUUCCUCCUGGGCUGCAUAUGGCAUAUGCCGAACUGAGCCUUAACUUAGACAGUAUUGCAGCAGUCACCGCGAAGCAGUGGCCGAAUAUUCUUCCUUCAGCAAAAAUACGCUCCAACGCUUACGUUUCCAGUGACGAAUGGUAUUUCAUAACCCGGAAGGUAACCGGUGCGCCGAAACGUGUGCGUUACUUGGAAAGCCUACUUCAAGACAGUUGGCAUGCACUGAAAUCCAGCUUAUCAUUGCGCAGUGUAGAGGAGUUGUUUCUCUUUCCGGAAGUGGUAGAACUCGGACCGGAAACCUCGAUAUUAGUUGUUUAUGGGGAGAAACGAGGCUUAUCGUCUCAUCAGUCACUGGAUGAAGAAUUACGGAAAAACUGUAGUCUUGUUCCUGUUCAAAUAUUUGAAGCCGGGUUUCAUUUUCGCUAUCGAACGCUGGCCUGGUCAACGUAUGCGCAGUCUUCUGUUAUUCUGGAAGGUUUGGUCGUUCAUCUACAGCAAUUACUGCGCCAGGAACUGGAAACCAAUGAAGAAGAGGAAACAGGUGCACUGCUUCAUAAAGUGCAGUUACUACAAGAACGACUGGAGAAUAUUUGGGGAGAAACACGCUGGAUGCCGAGCUUGAUCCGCACCAUGACACGUGACCGCUCGCCUGCAGAACGAAUCUCACUGUUCAGCCCACUUCAGCCGCAGAAACCACCACGCAAGAAAAAUCACCGACCGAAUGACCACAAUCAGCCUGUGAUUUACAAUGAUGACAAAUCGGUCAGUAUAAUUAUCGGUACUGCCAACUUCCGGGACCUGGAAACGCAGAACGAAUCGCUUCAUGAACUUGUAAAGAAAAAUGUCAAGAGCACGGAGUAAAGUCAUCGCUAAAGGGUCACUCCCAGUUUAUCUCCGUGCGAUCCCAACAUGCCUAUCGUGUCUUUAAAUUCGGCAAACGACAGCUUCCCAUCACCAUCUUUGUCAUGGUAGAUUAUGCUUUUGUCGACGGUCUGCUGCAGUUGCACAUCUGUAAGGUUAUCUCCGACCAUCAUUUUUAAUACCCGAAAGCAGUCCGCAUUGGAAAUGAAUCCAUCUCGGUCCAUGUCGUAGAUGCUGAAGAUUACCCGCAGACCGCAGUUUCUGCUCGAUAUUGGCUUUGCUGCUGAAUAAUGUCAUGCCCUGCGCAAACUCCCGGAAAUCAAUUAACCCAUUGCCAUCUCGAUCGAAAACCUCUAGAACGCGUGUGGCUAAAGGGUUCGCUCGCACUUGUGGUAAAGCGGUGAAUUCCUCCAGGGAGAAUAGCCAUUGUUGUCUGAGUCCAGCUUGAAAAACCGAAGAUAUAAUCGCCUUAUUUGGUCUGGAUCAAAUUCGGGUGGUAAUUCUGAUGAGAUGUCGUUACCCAUUUUGAAAUAUUAGAUUCUGCAAGCUGUAAACUGCGUCAAGCAAGCCUAGCUUAGUGCUUGUCGUUUUGUCACCGCAUGACAACAUUAAGCACUUAGCGAAGUACAGUAACGACGCGAAUGCUUUUGAAGUACAGAAUCGACGCGAGCUAUUUCACCAAAGUACGAGCAUUGUAAUAAUCAGUACUUGUGAUGUAAUUUGUAAUAAUUUAGUAAUUAGGUGCAGAUUUAAACAUUAUGUCCAUAGCCCUUUAUGAAUUUACAUGUACAGCUGCAGUUUGUAUACAACAGGCACGUUAUCCAGUACGCGGUAUGCCAGAACCAAAUUGUGGGAAGCUAUCGAAGUAUUUGGAAACAGCUAAUUGUUUGAUUGCCGUUAGUUCCAACAGCUUUGCUGGACAUAACAAACUACAAGCAAUAUAAGCUGGCUGAGCUGACUCUAGAGAAACCGGAACUGCUACGACCAUAUCAGUAGUCAUUCCCAAAGCUCAAAACACUCUUCACAAGAUAAAGUAUGUUUCAAGUUCUUGUGAAACAUUAAAUUGUAUCAUCGCAGUUUGUUAAAAAAGCUAGAUCUUCGCAGUCAGAAAAUUCUAAUACAUAGACGUUACAUGUACAUACUAAUACUCGUAUAACGGACAGGCAAACGAAAUUCGAGCUUUUGGAAGAAUGAUACUUAGCAAUAUUUCUAUAAGCAGUACAACAAGACAGACUACUUUACCAAUGUAUUAUUUUAGAGAUUAUACGAAGUAUUGUACUCGUAUGUAGAUGAUGCACCAAAGGCCGCAAUGCAUGAUACUGUUGCGACUGUUGUUUACCUAUAAAGCCGUUGUCGGGUAUUUAUCAGGAUUCAGCAUCAUGCGACGUUCAUUUCUAAGUAAACAUUACCUGCCAUGACCGGAAAAGGACCAAAACCGGAAGAAGCACUCUUAAUCUGAUUAGCGCAAAUGCUGAGCAUUUUAUACAAGCGACGAGUGAAGCGCGGAUCCGUAAGAUUAACAGGAAAUUAAAGUUAAAAGCAAGUGUACAUAUACUGUUCAAGGUCCCGUAAAAACAUGACAUUCUCCCUUAUCGCCUUUGGUGAAGAUGCAGCGCAUGCCGGGACCACAUUUAGGUUUAUCGUUGGAACAUUCGGGACCGGGAAUAGCCCUUCUAUCUCUUGCUAGUUCGUUGGAUUCUUCGACGGCAGUACAGCGCACCGCGUUCAUCCGGGCCAGCUGUAACAAAUCGUUUUCAAAAUCAAGUAAGCCAUGGCGCAAUGCUAUAAAUCUGCGGAGGUAAUGUAUUUUUGUUUGUUGCUCUGGGGGAUUUUCAAAUCAGGGUAAAGUACUGCGUACAGUACGAAUUAAUUUGCGGUUUGUGAUGAAUGUACGACGUAUGUAUACACCGUAGAGCCAAAUGCAGAUACAAGAAAAUGAUUAUACUGGUUUGGUUUUUCUCCAUCAGCAAAAACACCGCACCAAUAAUAAUGCGCCGGCAUUAUCAAUGGAUGCAGGCAAUCAAAUCUGAAAUGUACAUAAUUGAAUUACCAUAAUUAUAACUAAUGGUAGAUCUUUAUUUUAAUAAAACGCGAGCAGCAGUACUUUUACGUUUUCCUAUUCGGACUAUGGACCAACAUCGAUAACGCAAAACACUUUCCAGUGGGUAUUUAUUUGGGUGUAAAAGUUAUUUGCACUGCGCCCCCUCCGACCAGGUUUGCAUCUACUUUACGGAAUAAAAGAACGGAUCCGUACAUUUACAGAGAGCACAGUUCUUUUAAGAUUUAUCAGGGCCUAAAAUUUACUACCCUAGUUGUGGAACGCAAUAGUUGUUAUGGCCCCGUAAAAAAAUGGCAUUGUCCUUCUUUAUCGCCGGAAUGCUGGAAAUUGCACAGAAAUUCCCUGCUUGGCUUGCAUGGAUGUUUCUUUGAGCAGGGAUCACCUGGCUUACUCUUUUCUGAACCCGUGCACAGCCAUGGGAGCUGUGUACAAAACGCUUUGGUUAUUCUCGUCAGUUUUAUAUAUGUACUACAACAAGUCUGCUCGUAGUCACAGCUGGUUAAUUUUCGCUUUGACCUAAGGGUUC